CUCCGAUUAUUAUAGAUUCGCAUCUUAUAUAACCGUUAACAUGAUCUUCUAUGGUAGAUCCUUAUCUUAUCGGAAUCACCCACGACAUGAUUACGUGAUGCCCCUCACGUGCCAGCGCCACCCCCACGAGAUUCUUCAAACGGCACAAGUUCGAAUCGCGCCCGUUCCUUUGCACGACCCCUCCGUGUCGAAUAUUCUGCGCGAGCCAUCCCGCCCGUUGUCCAGGCAAUGAAUUGAAGUCUUUCCCGAGUGGGAAAAUUUUCGCAGGGUAUCGCGCAGUAGUUCUGGCCCAGCCAUGGAGGCACAAUGGCCCCUAGCCUACGAGAUUUGAUCGAUUUCCUGCUGGCGGAGAUUGCGCUGUGCGGCGAUCAAGGCGCGACUCCGGCAGAUAUCUUGGGUUCCGUCAAUACAUUCUAUGCCAAGGCUGCGCAAGAUGCAUCUGAUCGAAACCAUCGUGUCGAUCGGCGGUUCCAGGAGAAGGUGUGGUCGUGGCUGACAAGAAACCCGGAAGUCUCGGUUGGCACGGAUAGAGAGUGGAAUCAUUUUACUCUCGACGAGGCGGAGGGUCAUGUGCAAAAUGACCAAGGCGCCGAAGAAACCGAAACACCGCGAUCGUCAUCUCAGAAUGCAGUUCGAGUUUUCGUUUCCGAAGAAAGAACAUGGCUUGCGAUCACCGGCCAUGAGCGCGACGAAAGCAGGGUCUUUUCGACCGAGUUUGCCCUCUUGUCCAUCAUUGCGUCGCGCAAAGAGGCAGGUAUCGUGCAGACCGAGCUCGUCAGGCUCAGUGGCCAAGACAAGCGCUCUGUUCCCAAGCGCACGGAAAUGCUACACCAAAAAGGCUACAUUGAUAAGCGUGCGAUUCAGAUCAAAUCGGCUCGGACAAGUUUAUGUACCUUGCGCAGGUUCAUGACCACUGAUGUCUCUCCCCUAGAGGCUGCUGCUGCAGGUCAGCAAGUGAAUGGACUACAGCAUGGCAAGGACGUCAUAGACUAUAAGGCAUUUGUGGACAGACUUUUCGAGAUUCUCGGAGAGCAUAAGAUCAUCGGCCGUAACGACUUGAAAAACCUUCUUGGCUUCGCUGACCACUGGCGAUGGCGGAUCCUCUCACGCGCGCUGCGCAAGUGCGAGCGCAUAGGAGUCCUGAAGCGAGUCAAGGCUCUGUCGCAGUAUGCCGACACCUUCAGCAAAUACCACCCUUGCGUCAUGCUUCUCCGGCAGCCUACACCGCGAGAAAUUGAAAUGUUGAAUGAGUUUAGUUUGAACAUCACGAAGAAUCUGGGACCUGAGGACAACGUAGAGCUUGACGAGGACAUUGAACCGAAUGAUGAAGGAGUAGAAUCCUCGUCACUUGGUGAACUCAGGAUGGUCAAGCGAGAAGAAGACAUGGAGGAAGCUGGCCGAAUGGUCCCUACCUGGACCCCAGACCGCAACAUUCACAAUCAGAUAUUUGAGACGGUUGACAACGCAGGGACGAGCGGAAUAACCAACAUCGACCUCAUCAGAACGUGCUUCGGGGGGUUCUUCCGCCGACCGCUGGAGAGUGCGUUGGCUCGCCUGGUCACAUGCUGGCAGCUGUCCCAGCCGCUACACCUGCGCCAUCUGGCCAUCGUGCGAGACAUAGCCCUGCGCCGAACCAUCACUCACUAUGUCCACUACUCCGCGAACAAUUUCCGCAAACUCGUCGAUACAGGAGAGUCAUCUUGGGAGGCCGUUGAAUUCGUGUCCAAAAAUGCCAAGGGGAACAGUAUCCGAGUGCCCCCAGUCGAUGCGUCACCUCAACUCGAUCAGUAUGGAUUCUCGAUUGAUGUUCCUCGAAAGGAAUUGUUGAAAUAUGGGAAUGCUACUCUUUUGGAAUGCAUGCUCAGUGUCAAGCCAUCGAGUUACAGCUGCACCAACACUGACCUCACGGCGGUGCGGGUGGAGGGCGAUACUUACGCAAUCAACUAUGGCCAGAAAUAUGGGGAUGGAUCGCGUCCAGAAAGAUUGGUUACACCGAAGCGACCGAGGGCCAUUCGCGGUGACGCUGAUCCAGAGAUCGAAGAUGGCUCAGCUCAGGUGGUUUCAAUUAGCCGAGGCCCGCGCAAGAAAAGGGAAGACGCCGAACGUUUCAUUGGCAUGUCCGAGAAGGAGAAACUGGAAGCUCUCGGCUUGGAUGAGACAUGGACCGAAUACAGCGUGUUGCUCAUAGAGCGUACUCAACCGGGCGUGUAUGUCACUCCUCGUGGACGGCGGAGACCCGCUGGAAAGCGACAAGGGCGUCCAAGGAUAAGUCGCUUUGCCGUCUUCAAAUCGUCGAAACUGAAGUCAUUCCCAUGGUUUGUCGAAGAAAAGAAAGAUGACGAACACAACGAUGCCGCAGAGACGCAGCAAUCUUCGCGAGGCGAAAGCGUUGUGUCAGCAUCGGGGACAACCCCGGCGGUCGUGUUUGAGGACCAGCCGUCCGCACUUGACGGCCAGACAGAAACCCCCAGUAGAGGAGCUAGAGCGAACCUGCGACGCCGUGCUUCGGGUAUUGAAGAACCAGCAUCUGGAUCGGGCAGGGCUCACAAGCAAAGGCGUCUUAAUGGGACUACUGUGGAUUCGCCUGAUAUCAAUGCAGCUUCUGAUCAACUGACCAAUAAGAGAGGCGAAAAUGAAGAGCCAGAUCAAAGCACGCCGACAAGGCGAUCAAAACGGCGAAGAGUAGAGUCUCCGAUGCGAGAUGCCGCAGUGGAACCCGCUGAUAAUGCGAAUGUGCCGGAAGAGUCAAGUCAAGUUCAACAGUCUGGCAAGUCGGCUGCUUCCGCCACCGAAGAGUUAUCACAAGGCUCAAAGGGGACGGUCAUUGCAGGCGCGAAAGAAGGUGAAGAACCACUUAGUACCGUCCCUAUAAAUGGCACCCACCCAGAGACACCAAUGGCAAUCGACCGUCCCAAUGGAUCCCCUACUGCAGACAAAGAUCCCGUCAUUUUGCAAACCUCGGAAGAGCCGCAGCGGAACAAAAUUCCGGAGAAAGGAGGAUCGGUAAAUGUGCUGCGUCGGAAAAUCAUUUUGGAUAUUCUCGAGCAGGCUGGAGGCGCAUUUCCAAUGGGCACUGAGCUGUGGUACCCAUUCUCAUAUGCGUGGAAGAACCUAAAAUACAAAGGGAAGCCUGACCUCAGAACCAUCAAGACCACAGUCAAACACAUGGUUGAUGCUGGUAAACUGCGCCAACAGACGUUCAGUGGCAGGGACAGCAAAGGGGUUAUGGUGACAAAAUCCAUAAUCAGCAGAACAGAUUUGCAACCGGAUUCCCCCAUUAUAAAGAGUCUGCAGAGAGAAAUGUUGGCCGCAGAUCCUCGACGACCCUAUAUCCCAGAAAACGUUGAAUUCGACCCGCAAAUGUCUAAGAGCGGUCGAAGGUCUACACAGGUCAAUGAUUCCAAAUUACCUGUUCGCCCUCCCAUUCAGCCGGGGAUCACUGUACAGCUGCAUCAGAAACCCGGAUUUGUCUUGGCAGCAGAGAAGAGGAAAGGUCUGAGCAUUGAAAGACAACUGUUUGGAAGAUUGGCGGCUGGAACAGAGCCCGGGCGAAAACCGCCGCGUCUCAUGAAAAUUCGUCGUCCGGCACCCGCGAAAGACUCGCUGCAUAGUUUGACAUCCAUUGUCAGACCAGACAAAACCGAUGGUGAUGCUGCGAUUCAUCCUCAGCGACGACGUCGACCCGCGGCCUCCUCCGAUGCACUACCACCGAGACGCUCAAUUCCUCGUCGCAAGAUGGGGCGUCUCAGCAUUCCCUUAUCUGCCAUGGCUCCUUACGCGAUGGUGAUGAAUACAAAGCAGACCUUCCAUGCGCAGUCUGGGACCUUCGCCACUCAUGCGGGGCUUAUUUCCUUGCAGAUUCCCAAGGAUGCUCUUCGAGAGCGGCCUCUAGAAAAGGACGAAGUUCAAAUUGAACUCGAAAGGGAACUAGAGGCAGAGCCGGAAUCGGAGUCGGAAUCUGAACCUGAACCUGAAUUGGAACCUGACCUUGGACAGGGACCUGUCUUGCCUAAGUCUCUUGAUGAUAUAUUCACCAUGACACGGCGGCGCGUUGUAGAUUAUUCCGAUAGAGCGGACCCUAGGUCGAGGAAGUUUUUCCGCGACAACGAUGUCAUUCUCAGAUGGGAGCUGCGAAACGAAGACCUGCUCCGAAACCAAUCCACCGAGGAUCUACCGUACAUCAACCAAACAGUGUCAGACCUCUUCAGUACGCCAAUUGAGGGGAACAUACGAUUCGACCUUGACGAGCCCGAACCCCCAGCUCCGCCGCCACGCGAACCCAAGAUCACCAGACAAAAGAUGCGCCGCCUGGCAGCAGCCAGGUCUGCCAUUUCGCCACCCCCCCGUGUGGACAGUGGUUUGCCUCGGGACGAAGACUCUCAUAAAUAUGACUCUGUACCACAGAACAGACGCUUGAAUAAACUGCUGCAGGGCGAAACAGCCCCGUCAGCAACCGCAUCUCCGUCAUCGUCUCCAUUGCGACUGCAGAGUCGUCGACGUCGGCUGUCCAAUCAAAUGUCUGAAAUACUGGUGCAGAGGAUUAUGACCGCAAUCGUUGCGAUCCGUACCUUGGCAAGUGGCCAUGAUGCGCGACUCGUUGAUUGGGGUCUUCUGCCAUAUUGCUUCCCUGAGCAGGACCCAACGUAUAUCCAAGAGCGAGGAAGAGCGAUCCUGACCCGAUCCCGACUGCAGAUAGCCAAGAUGCAGAAUGAUUUCCAGGAGCUCUAUCUCGAUGCGUACGAGCACAACCGGGUCCCUCCCAUCAACUAUGACGACAUCGAGAACUACGACUGGGAAUGGAUCGUUGAUUGGGCGACGGAACAGCUGGAAGUGCCCCGAGCAGAAAAGCAGCCGUAUCUUCCCGCCACGCGCGAGCAAUUCGACAGCGUGUUUGAGAUCCGGGAAGAGGCGCCCGCGUCGCUGGACGACAUCUACCAAGCCGCCAACUCCACUACCGUCAAUCGUCGUCGCACUCUCUUCGCCGGGGUGCCUUUUGCGAUCCCCAUGACUGGCAAACCUGCUGCAAUGACCGCCCGAAAGGCCGAGCUUGCUCGCCUCGACGUGGCCAAGUCUUGGGUUCGUUCCAACGUCAUCACUCCGGACGAAGCGUACGAUGCUGCGACUGCGCGACAGAUUCUGGAACGACUGGGCGUGAACCUCGUCGACCAGGCCUUGCAGUCCUUGAUCACCGACCGGGUACUCUGCAGCGCGAACAAGGGCCGAGUCAUCCCCGGCCGCAACUACGACGUGACCGAGCUGUUUCUGCAUUCCCUCGGACGCAAACGCACCAUCGAGGCAACGGAGCUGCAACGCGCCGCAAAAUUCAAGACCGAGACGCUGGACCUGGCGCUCCGAAAGCAAGGCGUGUUCGACGUGCCCUACAACGCCGAAGACGGCGAUAUUCUCGCCUUGAUCAAUCUCUUCGCGACAGGCCGAGUCAGCCUCCAGCCUCGAGACCCACCGCGCGACAAAUUCGGCCUCACGGACGGCGGAUACCUGACGCGACUGAUUGAUAAGCAAAAGCUGCGGUUCUCCAUCGAAGUCCGUCCCGUCAAAGGCAAAUAUAUCUUCGGCGACCCGAUCCAGGAGAUCAAGUCCAACACCCCGGCACCUCAGAUGCCGGUGACCGAUAUCGACUCUCCAGCCGCCAUGUUCCAGAAGAUCCCUCUGUGGUAUGACAUCCACGGGAAGUUCGUUGCGAAGCUGUGGGAAUUGGCGCUGGCGGCCGUGGUGGGAUGCGUUGCCAUACGCCCUGGGAUCAACGCUUCCGGCAUCGCCAGCAUGAUGAAGCCUAGCUUAGGACCUUGGGAGAUUGAACUGAUAUUGAGCUGGGCGUGUCAGGUAGGGGUUAUGCAGGGCGGAGACGGGUGGAGUACGCAGGAAUGGUGGUGGAUGAUAAUCACAUAGUUCCUCAAUUGACAUACAUUUUCGG